CGGUUGCCAGGCAGGUGGUGAUCGCUGUUUCUCUGUCUCAGUUUCUCUCCAUCUCUGUAAUUCAGCAGUGCAGCUUUAAUUCUGUGAAGAGCGACUCUUGUAAGAAAUAAUUCUGUGAAUAUCGCAUCUUGUCUCUCACUGGGAUUUUGCAUCAUCUCCGCCGUUUUUUCCCCUCACCUUCUUCUCUUGUGUGUAACCGUCAGCGGUCUCGUCAGAAACUGAAUGUCUCUUGCUGUCUGUGGUAAUCUGUUACCAUGACCACUGCAAAGGAGUCAAAUAUAUCGACCAAAGUCGCUCAACAGCAGGACAAGGAACUGGUGGGUAGUAACCCUCCGCAAAGGAACUGGAAGGGAAUAGCGAUCGCACUGCUUGUUAUUCUGGUCAUCUGCUCUUUGAUCGUCACCUCUGUCAUACUGUUGACUCCAGGUGAGGACGAUAGCCUGGCCUUUAAGGGAAAAGUGACAGUUGAAGAAAUCUUCAAGAAGGACUUCAAGGUUCACGACCCGAACGCUAAAUGGAUCAGCAGUAAUGAGCUCCUGUAUCGUACCCGUGAUGGCGACGUGGUCCGCUUUAACAUGGACACCAACGAGAGCACAAUCCUGGUGACCAACAGAAAGUUUGAAAUGUACAAAGCCAGCAAGUAUGAGGUUUCCCCAGAUAUGAAACUCGUUCUGUUGGCCUACAACGUUCAGCCGGUUUACGAGCACUCGUUCACGGCGGACUACAUCAUUUGCAGUCUGCAAACUCCGGAAACAUGGAUCCUGAACCCUCCAGAAGUGCGAAAUGCUCAUCUGCAGUUUGCAGGAUGGGGGCCACAAGGCCAGCAGCUGAUUUUUAUAUUUGAGAAUAACAUCUACUAUCGAGCCACUGUUGAGAACAGAUCCAUCCGCCUGGUUUCAACUGGAAAGGAGGGCGUGAUAUUCAACGGUCUGAGCGACUGGCUUUAUGAAGCGGAGAUCUUUAAGUACCAUAUUGCCCACUGGUGGUCUCCAGAUGGAGCCAGACUCGCAUACGCCACUAUCAAUGACACACUGGUGCCCAAGAUGGAGCUUCCAAUGUUCACUGGCUCUGUGUACCCUACAGCGAGACAGUAUCACUACCCUAAGGCAGGAGAGGAGAACCCCAUCAUCUCUCUUUAUGUGGUGAAUCUCAACGGACCUCUGCAUACCAUUGAGAUGAGAAGACCAGAUGACCAGAGAAUAGGAGAGUAUUAUGUGACAAUGGUAAAAUGGGCCACAAGUACAAAACUGUCUGUGAACUGGUUGAACAGAGCCCAGAAUAUCUCUAUCCUGACUCUCUGUGAAGCCACGACGGGUGUCUGCACCAAGAAACAUGAGGAUGAAAGUGAGGGCUGGCUACACAGACAGAAUGAAGAGCUGUUGUUCUCUAAAGAUGGCCUCCGGCUGUUCUUCACUAGAGCGAUCCCACAGGGAGGAAGAGGGAAGUUCUUCCACAUCUCCAUGUCCAUCUCACAGCCCAACAGCAGUACAGAUACUCUACAGUCCAUCACAUCAGGAGAUUGGGACGUCACACAAGUGCUGGCAUAUGACGAGGACAGCCAGUUAAUAUAUUUCCUGAGCACCGAGGAUGACCCUAAACGAAGGCACCUCUACAGCGCAGACACGGUGGGCACCUUUAACCGCCGAUGUCUCUCCUGUGAUUUCACUGACAGCUGUGGGUAUGUCCGUGGCUCUUUCAGUCAUAAUAUGGACUACUUCCUGCUCAACUGUAAAGGUCCUGGAGUUCCAUAUGUGGCAGUAUACAGCACCCAUGACAGACAGAAGGUGUGUGACAUUGAGUUGAAUCUGAGCUUGAGGAGAACGGUGGACUCGAUGCAGAUGCCGCAUGUGGAAUACAGAGAGAUAAACAUAGAGGAUUACAGCCUCAGCAUGCAGAUCCUGAAACCUGUUGGCUUCAUGGACACCUCACACUACCCACUUUUGCUCCUCGUAGAUGGGACUCCAGGCAGUCAGUCUGUCUCGGAGCAGUUCCACAUUGACUGGGCGUCAGUGCUGGUCAGCAGUUUUGGGGUGGUUGUGGUGCGCUUUGAUGGCCGUGGAAGUGGCUUUCAGGGGACUAACUUGCUCCAUAAGGUGCAGCGCAGACUGGGGGUGUUCGAGGAGAAAGACCAGCUGGAGGCCCUCAGCAUAAUGGCACAGGAACCGUACAUUGACAAGACAAGGAUCGGAGCUUUUGGGCAGGUGUAUGGAGGUUAUAUCACCAGUCUUCUGCUCAGCUCUGAAGAGUCCAUGCUCAAGUGUGCUGCAGUGCUCUCGCCCAUCACAGACUUUACACUAUAUGCGUCAGCUUUCUCAGAGAGAUAUCUGGGUCCUCCCAAGCCUGAUCGGAGAGCAUACGAGAUGGCCAACCUCGCAUACAGAGCGUCCCAGUUCAUUGAUAAGAAGUUUUUAAUCAUUCAUCCUACCGCAGAUGAAAAGGUCCACUUUCAGCACACAGCCAAAUUCAUUUCCAGGUUAAUCAGCGAGAGAGCAAAUUACACUCUGCAGAUCUACCCAGAUGAAGGUCACUUCAUUCACAAGGAGGGAACGCGGCAGCACCUCAGUCAGUCGCUGGUCAACUUCUUUGAGGAGUGUUUCCGGCUCCCGGAGCUUGUGUUCGAGGAGGCGAUGGAGGAGGAGAGCGAAGAGGAGGGUUAGUCCACUUCAACCAUGACGCCCAAGUUCAAAGCCAGCUCUUUUUGCCACAUAAUAUGCAACUCAUAGUUUUCAGCCCUCCUGUUUUCAGUUUGUUCAGUCAACGGCCCCUCCACGCCUCGUGGUGUCGCAUGCUGACUCUGAAACUCCCCUUCAGGUGCUCCUCACAAUCCAUCAACCCUCUUCAGACUGCAGUCGUGCAGUACGGCGUGGCAUUUGGCUGGCGCUACAUCAUCCCUCUCAACCUGGCAGGCCAGUUAUGAGCUUCUGAGGGUGUUGUGAAGACGUUUCUGGCCUGUCCAUCACGUUGACGGAUGAGAGGGUGAUGGGCUUUGAAUCCCGAUUGCUGUGAAACUCACAGGAGACUGAGAACAUCUGGAGUUGCAACAGCGAGACUAAUGGGUCAUUUGGUGUUCGAUUCAAAUAGAUAUUUGAUGUUUUGGGAAUUGCGGGGGGUUGUUGUCGGGGAAAUGUGUCAUUUGUGCUUCAAACGAUCUUCUCAUGUCCAGUUGUGCUCGUGUCUGGUGUUUUCAGUGUUCAAGCGUGUCACAGUCUUGGAAAUCUUAUAGCCUCAAGUGUGUAUUUAGAUGGUGUUAAUUCAUGGUGAAAACUUCAUCAAGCAGAAGGGGAGCAGAAGCAAUGAUUAUCAUUAUUCUCGGAGACCAUGACAGUUUGAAACGACUGUUGACACCACAUCUCAGUGUGUGUUUGGUCUGUCAGUACUGAAAAAAGCACACUAUCUUGUUUUAGUCACUGUGCCUUACUAUGGAAGCGAACAGUCUUUACUGUACGAGGAGCCUCCGUAUAAAUACCACGAGUCAUUCAAGGCUUACGAUUGAUUGACUAAAAUCAUGUCUGUACUUCAAUUCAAAAACAAAAUGCAUUAUUGACUGUGAUAGCAUUAUGAUGACUCUGUUAUUAGUAAAUUAUGUUUUUAACACUCUUGUUUUGUGCAUGUGUGAGCUAGCAUUGUUUUACCGCCAACAAAAACAAACUUGCUCGGCAUCCCGCUAAUAGUGGCUUUCCAUCCACUAUAAGGAUCAAGUAAUGGAGCAUGAAAUUAAAAUGUAUAAUUUCAACAUUACCUCAGUAUUAAACUAAAACCCCUUUGAGGGUUUAGAGACACUUUGUAUUUCAUGUUGAUACGUGCCCAAAAAAUCUGUACAUAAAGGAUUAAUGAGUUGGUUUAAAGAAUAGUUUGCACAAAAAUGAAGUUCACUCACCCUCAUGUUGUUCAAGCCUCGUAUGACUUUCGAUCUUCCAUGGAGAAAAAAGGGUGUAUUCUGAAAAAUCUUCAUGUUGCUCUUUAAAUACAUUGAAAGAAUAUAAUGACCAGGGAUUGCUCCAAGCAGGACUAAAAACACCAAAAAAGGAAAAACAGUGUAGUUCAAAUGACUUUUAUAUUCCAAAUCUUCAGAAUUUUAAACAAUUGCUUGGUGUGAGAAACAAAAUUAAGUCAUUUAUUUAACUAAAUUAACUUAAAUGUACAUACAGUGUACAAUAUGUGCAUAUAUAUAUAUAUAUAUACAAUGCAUUAAACAUGAGUUGAGCCAGGUUUUACCACCAAUAAUGCACUAGGCAUUGGUUUUUCUUGCAUGUCACGUAAAAAAUCUUGACAUCAAAUUUUGCACAUGCAUGAAUGAGAUUUGAGAAAGAAGUUUUGGGGGUUUUUUUGCAUCUAAACUCAAGUUCUAGUCUUUUCAUCACUUCAGAAAACGUAGAAUAUAGCACACAAGAUGUAAAAAAUACAUAUAUAUAUGGUGCUUUUUGUUUGUUUGGUUUUUUUUUGGAGCUCAACAGCAUCCAUCCCCAUUCACUUUCAUUGUAUGGAAAAAGCAACAUUUAAAUUUGUCCUAACAUCUCUUUUGGAGUUUUGUGUAAGAAUUUAAGUCAUAUGAAACAACAUGAGGGUAAGUGAAUUAUUCCUUUCACGUUUGAGCAAUACAGUACUGUGCAAAUGUUUCUCAUUACAGGAGUGGCCAACUAAUUGCAGUUUGCUCAUUUUCAUUAUUUAAGUCAUUAUAGUCAUUUAUGGUAUUUUUAUGUGUGUUUGUCUCAGUGCUUUGCACAGUACUGUUUAUUAACAGUUUAUCAGCUGUAACUUUUGCAUAUUAAAGCUCUGGAGGAUGAAAUAUGUUUUGUUUGAAUGAAAUGUUCAUGUUUAGUCUUGAUGCAUUCAUAGUGCAUGUUAAAAAAAAAACAUUUGCAACAAACUUUAUUUUUUAAAACUGGUCAAACGUGUGCAUAGUAUUUUUGACGGCUUGAAUGUUCUUUAUUGACCUGCAUAUCAUUUCCAGUAGUUUUGUAGGUGAGAUCUCAGUCUUGUCUGCUUGAUGUAUAAAUGUUACUCAAAUAUCAUUUAAGUCUCUGAAUAUCUGAGUGUUACUUGUACAUAAAGCAUUUGAAGGUGUUUUGUUCUCCUGUAUAGAGGGUGGUGGAGGUCACAGUUACAACGAACUGAAUGUGCACAAUGAAAAAUAAUCACAUGGGACAAAGUGUAUGAUGGGAUUACCAUAUAAUGACUGGGAAAGAGUAGACAUAUUGUGACAACUGUCAGAAAACAAACUAUUUUAUCAUCACCUUUGUUAUCAUUUGUUUUGAUCCUCACUAAAGGACAAAUCCAUAAGUAACCAAAAUAAAUUG